UCUUCGACGAGGCGCUCCAUGCGGGCGCGCCGAGAGGCGGAAAGGCGCGUCGGCCAUGAGCAGGGCAACCAUGCUGGUGGGCUACAGCAGCAGCAGCAGCAGCUCGGGCUCGUCGCCGUCCGCCUCGGGCGACGAAGGCGGCUCCCCCGCGGCCCAGGAGGCAGCCACUCAGGCGGGGGACCCGGCCUCCCUUCCCGGUGCUAGCAUAGCAGCUCCUCGCCUUCCUAUACCAGACAGUGUGCUAAAUAUGUUCAGAGACCAGGAAGAGAAGGAGACGGUGGUGGAUGACCGCAGCAAGCACGGAGGCCGUGUGCGGACCUUUGCACAUGAGCGUGGCAACUGGGCAACGUACAUCUAUGUGCCUUACGAAACCCAGGAGGACUUCUUGGAUCUGCUGCAGCUGCUCCUUGCACAGGCACACACGCAUGUGGCAUCGCUGACAGCCGCCGCUGAAUUCCACAUCAGUCUCUCACAUAAUGUGGUCUUGCGCCAUCACUGGAUAAACCCUUUUGUGCAGUCCCUCAAGGAACGCCUGUCCUCCUUUCACAGGUUUGUCUGCAGAACAGACCAAGUGAAAAUUUACACCAAUGAGACAAAAACCAGGACCUUUGUCGGCCUAGAGGUCUCUUCUGGACAUUCCCAGUUCUUGGAGCUGGUUUCUGAAGUGGACAGAGUUAUGGAGGAGUUCAGUCUAGCCCCAUUCUACAAGAAUCCCUCAUUCCACCUCAGCCUGGCCUGGUGUGUUGGAAACCUGUCUGAAAAACUUGAAGGCCAGUGUCUCCAGGAGCUGCAGGAGAUUGUGGACGGGUUUGAGGAUUCUUCCUACCUUCUUCGGAUCCACGUGGCCGAGGUCCGCUGCAAGUCCGGCAAGAAGGUCUUCUCUUUCCCUCUGCGAUAGGGGCACAUGG